CACUUCCGUCCGACGGAAGUACCUUCCAGUUCCCGGUGCCCUUAGUGUCUCACACGCUGUGCCGUUCCCGGUCCCUUUCCCCUCUGACACUGUUUUCCCUCUAGCGCUUCCAUUAUCCCCUCCCCUCUCCGCCCGCCCCCGCUCUUCAUCGGGAUGGCUGCAACUGUUAUGUUCCGCCCACGGCCCGGGCCCAGUGUUUUUCAGAGCUGCCAGCUGCUGCACAAGUUUUUGAAAAGGGCUCAACUUUCUAACCCAGGGCAGAAGCCCUCCCUGCCCCUUAUUUUACGGGGCCUUGCUGUGGAGGCCAAGAAGACUUAUGUGAGAGACAAACCCCAUAUUAAUGUUGGCACUAUUGGCCAUGUGGAUCAUGGGAAGACUACACUGACAGCAGCAAUCACCAAGAUUCUGGCAGAGGGUGGUGGGGCCAAGUUUAAGAAGUACGAGGAGAUCGACAAUGCACCAGAGGAACGAGCCCGGGGUAUCACCAUCAAUGCAGCCCAUGUGGAAUAUAGUACAGCCAGUCGACACUAUGCUCAUACUGACUGUCCUGGGCAUGCUGACUAUGUCAAGAACAUGAUCACUGGCACAGCCCCAUUGGAUGGCUGCAUCCUGGUGGUGGCAGCCAAUGAUGGCCCCAUGCCCCAGACAAGGGAGCACCUGCUGCUUGCCAAACAGAUUGGUGUGGAGCACAUGGUAGUGUUUGUGAACAAGCAGCGGCAGCCAGAGUUAGGGGUGAAUGCUGUAAUGAAACUGCUCGAUGCUGUGGACACUCAUAUUCCUGUGCCCACUCGGGAUCUAGAGAAGCCCUUCCUGCUGCCUGUGGAGUCUGUUUAUUCCAUCCCUGGCCGUGGCACAGUGGUCACAGGGACUCUGGAGAGAGGAAUCGUGAAGAAAGGAGAUGAAUGUGAAUUUCUGGGCCACAGCAAGAAUAUUCGCUCUGUGGUCACAGGAAUUGAAAUGUUUCACCAGAGUCUGGAACGAGCUGAGGCUGGAGAUAACCUUGGUGCAUUAAUUCGGGGGCUGAAGAGGGAGGAUGUUCGACGCGGUAUGGUGAUGGUUAAACCAGGCUCCAUUCAACCCCAUCAGAAGGUUGAGGCUCAGGUUUAUAUUCUCAGCAAAGAAGAAGGUGGCCGCCACAAGCCAUUUGUAUCACACUUCAUGCCUGUCAUGUUCUCUCUCACGUGGGACAUGGCCUGCCGAGUCCUUCUGCCCCCAGAGAAGGAGAUGGCCAUGCCUGGGGAGGACCUGAAACUAAACUUAAUCUUAAGACAACCCAUGAUCUUGGAGAAAGGUCAGCGUUUUACCCUGAGGGAUGGUGGUAAAACCAUUGGUACUGGCUUGGUCACCAAUAUAUCAGCUCUGACUGAAGAGGACAAGGACAUUAAGUGGAGCUGAGCUCAACUCUGGCCUUCUUUCCAACAUUGGUACCUCACUGGCCUGAGUCAAGAAGCUCAAGUUUAGGAAGUGAAAAAAUAGUCCUCGGCUUUUCCUACCAUCUGCAGCAAUGGUGUCUCCUGGAACUGAGGGGCCUGUAAGUUUGUAUGGGAAAAUAAAGUGUUGUGUGAAUGGUGGAACACAACAUGUGUAGUAACUUACUGUUGUACAGAUUAAAAGAUUGGGUACUGGUAUUGUACUUCAGAUGGA